GCCUGCCAGACACAGAUGGGUGGAGCCGCCUGACACCCACAGAUGGGUGGAGCUCAGUGCUGCUCCGAUGGGCAGGGGCGGGAGGACUGUGGCCCACCACGUGGGGUUCUUGGUGAGGCAGGUGGACCUGGUCUGUGGGUUCUGUGCCAGCUCUGCUCACCUCUCCACGUGUGGAGGGGAUGUGAGUUAGGCUCUCAACAGUGCAGGCUAGAGGCAUGCACGUUUCCUCUAGGCCUCGGGCGGGGUGCAGCAGGUGGGUGAGGCUGCGGUGGUGGCUGCGGCCCAGGGUGGGAGGCUGCAAGGGGAGGCGCUCGGAGACGCGCAGGAAGUGAUGAGGUGGGGUGUUCGGCUGAGGGCUGCACAAAGACCUUCCUGGCCUUCCCCAGCAGAGCUGAAGACCCCUGGCCGCGGGCUUGGGCCCUGGCUUCACGGGAUGGGGUUGCAAGUGUCCUGGGCCCCUCCUGCCCUCUGGGUUCUAGGGUGCUGCGCCCUGCUCCUCUGGCUGUGGGCGCUGUGCACAGCCUGCCGCAGGCCAGAGGACGCUCUAGCCCCCAGGAAGCGGGCGCGGAGGCAGCGGGCGAAGCUGCAGGGCAGUGAGAUGCCAGCGGAAGCGUCCCUGCUGAGACGGACCCACCUCUGCUCCCUCAGCAAGUCGGACACCAGAUUGCACGAGCUGCACCGGGGCCCGCUCAGCUGCAGGGCCCUGCGGCCUGCCAGCGUGGAUCUCCUGCGCCCACACUGGCUGGAGGUGUCCAGGGACAUCAGCGGAUCGCAGGGAGCCGCCUCUGCCUUCCCACACCGGGAGCGGCCCCGGGCUCUGCCGGCAGCUGCAGUCAGCGCAGGGUGCGUUGAACCCGAGGCUACCUAUUCCAACGUGGGGCUGGCGGCCCUUCCCGGGGUCAGCCUGGCGGCCAGCCCUAUGGUGGCUGAGUAUGCCCGCGUCCAGAAACGCAAGGGGACCCAUCGCAGUCCCCAGGAGCCACAGCAGGGGAAGGCCGAGGUGACCCCCGCCGCUCGGGUGGACGUCCUGUACUCCAGGGUCUGCAAGCCUAAAAGGAGGGAGCCAGGACCCACCACAGACCCGCUAGACCCCAAGGGCCAGGGAGCGAUUCUGGCCGUGGCCAGCGACCCGGCCUACCAUAGCCCCCCGCUCAGGGCCCCGGACGUGGACAGCGGCCCCCUGGAAAACGUGUAUGAGAGCAUCCGGGAGCCGGGGGACCCCGCCGGCAGCGGCGGCACGUGUGGGGCUCGGACGCCCCCAGCUUCCAGCUGCCCCAGCCUAGGGAGCGGCUGGAGACCCCUCCCUGCCCUGAACGCUCCGGGACACGUGCUCCUUCCUCCGAAUGAGGCCGGGCCGCGCCCCGCCCGCAGCUGACAGCGCAAGUCCCAGGUCCCCCGGCUGCCGGCCCGUGCGGUCCGUGCCGUCCUGGCCGCUCCGACAGCCGCGGCCUCCCCGGGCUCCAGAGAAGGCCCGCGUCUAAAUAAACCGCCAUCGCAGGAUGAACGCG